AUGGCACCUUCCAAGCGGCUUAAAAUAACGGACCAGAUCCGAUCCAAUAGGAAAGAUCGCCCACGGCAAAAACAAGAUGACACUUACUCCACAGACCCAAGCACUAAUGCAGAGGAUGAGACAUUGCAGCUCUCACAGGGAGACUCCCCUGUCACCAACCAGAGCCUCCAUACUAUGCUGCUAGAUCUUAAAGAAUCCCUAAGGUCGGACUUUUGGCAAAUCACUAAAGAAAUAAGGAGGGAUAUUCAGGAGCUGGGAGGCCACACAAGCCGAUUAGAGUCCAAGACCGAAGAGUUAUGCUCAGCCCACAAUGAUGUUGUAGACCAACUGCAGAGGCUAGAAGAAGAGCAGUCUGCCCUGAAACUGAAAAUGGCUGACAUGCAAUAUAGAGCACGCAGGAACAAUCUCAGAUUUCAGUGA